GCCGUGGGCGCCUUCGGCGUGGAGGGCGUGCCGCUGCUGCCCUGCAACCGGCUGGUGCACGUGCUGCUGGCCCACUUCGGGCCGCAGUGCCUGAAGGUCGCCCAGAAGGUCUGCGGGCAGCUCCUGGAGCCCAUCCUGCGCGGCAAGGCCGCGAGGGCGGCCUCCGCCGACGAGGAGGUCCAGGCGCACCCGCUCACGCUGCAGGAGGUGGUGCUGUGGGCGCGCCGCGUGCGCGACUGCACCCUGGCGACGUGGGAGGAGCAGUUCAAGAAGUACGACAAAGACGGCAGCGGAACCAUGGACAUGGCCGAGCUCCAGUCGCUGAUCCAGGACACGGGCUUCACCGUGUUGGAGGAG